CUCAUAUUUAAAUUUUGUACCUGAAUAUAGGACCAAUCAGGAUCAUCCUCGUACUCUUACAACUUAUCUGUCAAUUUUUUUUGUGAGGUUAGUUUUUGGCUGCCAACAUGGCGCUAAUGUUAAAGGAACUAUUUUGUCUUCUACUCAUUGGAUUUACUGUAGCAGUAGAUAAAAAUAAUUUUAAAACAUGCGAACAAAGCAGUUUUUGUCGUCGUUUACGAGGUGUUAAACCUGGAGAAAGCAAAUAUCAAUUAAACUUGGAAACAUUGCAAGUCACAGAUAAUUCCGUAGAGGCGGUUUUAGUCAAUACAGAAGCCAAUGCUAACUUUCAAUUCACUUUAACUGCAAUUGCAGGUAAUAUAUUUAGGGUUUUUAUUGAUGAGGUUAAACCACUUUACCCAAGGUACAGGGUUCAGUAUGCACUCAAUGGAGAACCUCAAGUAGCUAAAUUGGAAAUAUUAGAAAGAACAUCCGAUUUGGUAAAGAUAAAAUCUGAGGAAAACACUGCCAUUAUUAAUGCUAACCCAUUAAAACUGGAAUUUUAUCACAAAGGUGAUUUGGUUACUAUUGUUAAUGGUAGAGGAUUAUUUACUUUUGAACAUUACAGAACCAAAACUCCUGAAGUUGAGGGUCAAGAACCACCUCAAGAGGACCCUGGCACUUGGGAAGAAAACUUCAAAUCACAUCAUGACAGCAAGCCAAGAGGUCCAGAAGCCAUCGGUUUUGACGUUUCAUUCCCUGAUGCGUUACGUAUAUAUGGUUUGCCAGAUCAUGCCGAUAGACUCUCGCUCAGAAGUACAGGCCCUGGUGGUCUCGAUCCUUACAGGUUGUACAACCUGGAUGUCUUUGAAUAUGAAGUUGAUUCAACAAUGGCAAUUUAUGGAGCUGUGCCAGUUGUAUAUGCCCAUUCUCCAAAACACACUGUUGGCGUUUUCUGGCACAAUGCAGCUGAAACCUGGGUAGACAUUAAUAACAGUAAAGACGGAAACGUUGUUUCCUCCAUUGUAAACUUGGUUUCUGGUCAUAAAACAGAAGCAAGAGUGGAUGCUCAUUUCAUGAGUGAAACUGGUGUUUUUGAUUUGUUUGUGAUGAUGGGUCCUAAACCGAAGGAUACUGUCAGACAAUUUGCUUCUUUGACUGGAGCAGCUCCUCUUCAACAAUAUUAUACUUUGGGUUACCAUCAAUGCAGAUGGAACUACAAUGAUCAAGAUGAUGUAGUGAAUGUAAUAGAAAAUUUGGAUAAAGGCGAUUUCCCAGUUGAUUUUAUCUGGUUGGACAUUGAGUAUACUGAUGGUAAAAAAUAUUUCACUUGGGAUCCCAUUAAGUUCUCAAACCCACAUGCUAUGAUUAAUAAUUUAACCUCAACUGGCCGAAAACUAAUUGUUAUUAUUGACCCACACAUUAAACGGGAAAAUGGAUACUUUUUACAUGAGGAUGCUUUAGCUAACGAUUAUUAUGUUAAAACUAAGGAUGGAAAUGUUUAUGAAGGUUGGUGUUGGCCAGGUGCUAGCAGCUAUCUAGAUUUCUACAACCCAUACGCACGCGAAUAUUUCAAGGGACUUUAUUCUGUUGACAAAUUCAAGGGUACCACUGAUGACGUUUACAUUUGGAAUGACAUGAAUGAACCCUCUGUAUUUAACGGACCCGAGGUCACCAUGCCUAAAGAUUGUCUACAUUAUGGCAACAUUGAACACAGAGCUGUCCACAAUGAAGUUGGACUUGCCUAUACUAUGGUUACACAUGACGCCCUUCUGCAAAGAACACCUAACAAGAGACCGUUCAUCUUGACAAGAAGUCACUUUCCUGGUUCCCAAAGGUACUGCGCAAUGUGGACUGGCGAUAACGAUGCGCAGUGGUCGCAUUUGGCCAUAAGUUACCCGAUGUGUCUUUCAGUCGCUCUCGGUGGUCUCAGUAACUGCGGAGCCGAUAUCGGCGGUUUCUUCCAUAAUCCCGAUGCUGAGUUACUUCAAAGAUGGUACCAGGCUGGAGUAUGGCUUCCAUUCAUGAGAGCGCAUGCGCACAUUGACACGCGCCGUCGCGAGCCUUAUCUCUUCCCCGAAGACGUACAGAACAGAAUCAGAAACUCUCUGCGUCUGCGUUACGCCCAUCUACCUCUUUUCUACACCCUCUUCUGGGAGCACGAAAUUACCGGCGACCCCGUGAUCAGACCCUUAUUCUACGAAUUCCCCAAUGACAUGAACUUGGUGGAUGUGGAUAAUUGCCUAAUGGUAGGUUCGUCUGUUCUGGCCCAUCCUGUCACAGAGGCUGGAGCGUCUUCAGUCACUGUGCAUUUGCCUGGAGGUUCAUCGCAAUAUUGGUAUGAUGUCGAGGACUUCAGAAAGUAUACUGGUACUGGUAACUAUAACAUACCAGUGUCGCUAGACAAGAGCCCAGCUUUCUACAGAGGUGGCUCUAUUAUUCCAAGAAAAGACAGACCAAGGAGGUCAGCUGAGUUAAUGAAGCAUGAUCCGUUUACUCUGUAUGUUGCCUUGGAUAAAAACAAAUCUGCUCAAGGAACUCUAUUUGUUGACGAUUACCAAAGUUUUGAAUACCGAAACAAAAAAUACGUCUACAUUAAUUUCAACUUUGAAAAUAAUGUACUAACUGGAAGCUUAAUAGACAAGACUGAUUAUCCUACAAAGGAAUGGAUUGAAAGAGUUGUCAUUCUUGGCCCACCCAGUGGAGUUAAAGGUGCCACUCUUAAAAGCAAAAGCUUGGGUGAAGUAAAAUUAGAAACCAGCUAUGAUGCAGAACAAAGCUCACUUGUGAUACGUAAACCAGGUGUUAGUGUUAGGGAAUCAUUUACAAUUAAAUUAUUUUAGAUCAAUUUCUAACUCAAUCAAUUCCCAGUUAUUUUUAUUCAAAUUUUGUCAUUCCUAAUUAUUGAUUUAUAAGAAAUAAUGUUUUAGUGUAUUUAUAAAACCUAGUUUACUAAAGUAUGAUAAAUAAAGUAAAUAAGUUUGUUUAGA